AUGGAGCCCCUUCAGCACCAUCUUCCGCAAACCUCGCUGGUUUUUCUUGUCUUCCUGGCCGUCCCAGUAACCGCGCUAGUAUGGGAUCGCAUAUUGAACCCACUCCCAACAACAAAACGGGCCUGGCUUGUUGGCAAGAAGCAGCCAUCCCGGAUCACUUCGUUGGAAUGCCCUUACAGCUACAUCCGUCAGAUCUACGGUAAACAUCACUGGGCCCCAUUCGUCGACAAGCUGGCGCCCAACCUCAAAAUGGAUGACCCGCCGAAGUACCAGAUGAUCCUUGAGAUCAUGGAUGGCAUUCACCUCUGCUUAAUUCUCGUUGAUGAUAUAUCGGACGGGAGUAACUUUCGCAAGGGUCAUCCCGCUGCGCACAAGAUUUAUGGCCCUUCAGAGACUGCGAACCGUGCCUACUACCGCGUGACACAACUUCUAAAUCGGACCGUCCACGAAUUCCCUCGUCUUGCACCCUUUCUGAUGCAGUGUCUGGAGGAGAUAUUGGAAGGCCAAGAUAUGUCCCUUGUUUGGCGAAGGGAUGGCCUCGCCAGCUUCCCAGUGGCUCCAAAGGAACGGGAUGAGGCAUAUCGCCGAAUGGCGUCGCUGAAGACAGGUGCAUUGUUUCGCUUGCUUGGUCAGCUGGUACUAGAGAAUCAGUCCAUGGAUGCUACCAUGACUACGGUGGCGUGGUGCUCACAGCUGCAAAAUGAUUGCAAGAAUGUGUAUUCGACCGAUUAUGCGAAAGCCAAAGGUGCACUCGCGGAGGACCUACGCAACGGCGAACUUUCAUUUCCCAUAGUGGUGGCAUUGGACGCUCCUGAGGGUCAUCUGGUAGCACGUGCCUUGGAAUAUGGCUCACCCUACAAUAUCCGUAAUGCUUUACGGGUCAUCCAGAGGGAGGACAUUGUCCGAGGGCCACUUGACUAUCUUCUGAAAUCCCCAGGAAAAGACAUUCGUCGGAAGUUUAUCCACGCGUUCAAUGAAUGGCUCCGCAUUCCUGAGGACAAGUUGAACAUUAUCACUGAAAUUGUUGGAUUGCUUCACACAGCCUCCCUUCUAAUCGACGAUAUUCAGGACAAUUCUAAGCUUCGACGCGGCCUCCCAGUGGCCCACAGCAUAUUUGGUAUUGCGCAAACAAUCAACUCGGCCAACUAUGCGUACUUUCUGGCUCAGGAAAGGCUCCGCGAACUGAAUCAUCCCGAAGCGUACGAAAUAUACACCGAGGAACUUCUCCGUCUGCACCGCGGUCAAGGUAUGGAUUUAUACUGGCGGGACUGCCUGACCUGUCCCACAGAGGAGGACUAUAUUGAGAUGAUCGCGAACAAGACGGGUGGCCUUUUCCGACUGGCGAUUAAGCUUAUGCAGUUGGAAAGCGAAACGAAAAGCAAUGUCAUCGAACUAGCAGACCUGUUGGGGGUGAUCUUUCAGAUUCGGGAUGAUUACCAAAACUUACAGAGUGGACUAUACACCAAGAACAAGGGAUUUUGCGAGGAUUUGACGGAGGGAAAGUUCUCCUUUCUGAUUAUCCAUAGUAUCAACAGUAACCCGAACAAUCACCAUCUGCUGAAUAUACUACGGCAGCGGAGCGAGGACGAUUCGGUGAAGAAGUAUGCCGUUGAGUAUAUCAACUCGACGGGUAGUUUUGACUACUGCCGGGAACGGCUCGCUUCCUUGUUGGAAGAGGCGGAUCAUAUGGUCAAGAAAUUGGAGAAUGAGGCUGGGCAGUCAAAGGGGAUCUACGACAUUCUGAGCUUUCUGUCGUGA